AUGGAGCGUGCAAUGUUCCUUCUGUUAAAUCAUCCUGAGGUAUUGCAGAAAGCAAAGAGUGAAAUCAACAACCAUCUUACUGAUUCAGGGCGUUUGUUGGAUGACCUUGAUCUCUCCAAAUUGCCAUAUUUAUGUUACAUAAUAAAUGAAACACUAAGACUUUACCUCCAGCGCCAAUUCUUGCACCUCAUUGUUCAUCUGAAGACUUGGGCCAUUCACAGAGACCCCAACUUAUGGGAAGAGCCAAGCAAGUUCAAGCCAGAAAGGUUCGAGGGUUUGGAUGUAGGAUUUAAAUUUCUUCCAUUUGGUAAAGGGAGAAGGGCUUGUUCAGGAGCUGCCAUGGCUAUGAGAUUGGUUGGGUUGGUAGUGGGAAAUGUGAGAACCUUGGUUCAAUGCUUUGAGUGGGGAAGUGUAGGAUCUGAAACGGUAGGCUAUAAUGAAAAAUCUGGCCUCACUUUUGGUAAGACCAAGCCUUUGGAGGCAAUGUACAAGCCUUGCCCUCCCAUGAUCAAUAUAAUUUCCCAGCUUUGA